UAACUCCCACAAUGCAAUGCAACAGGCCGUCUUGAUCUUAAAAAAUAUUAGAAACCAAGGUAUCGAUUUCAUGCGGAAACACUUGAAAUCUCCUUUAAUAUAUUUUUCAAUGCCUGGGAAAGCUGAUGAUAUUUUGAAAAAUUGAAGUGCAUCGAAAACGGAAUUACUUAGACACCCAAGCCCUGGCGGCAGUUUGGAAAACCCCGUGGCUUGGGCACAAGGUCCUCUUUUGAUGCUGCGCUGUUAGAGUGUAGGGGUUGGUGGAACGAGGUUAAAAAAUGCAGAUCUUCGUGAAAACGCUCACGGGGAAAACGAUAACCCUCGAGGUUGAACCCUCUGAUACUAUUGAAAAUGUAAAGGCUAAAAUUCAGGACAAGGAAGGUAUUCCCCCUGAUCAGCAGCGACUGAUUUUUGCUGGAAAACAGUUGGAGGAUGGCCGUACACUCUCUGAUUAUAACAUCCAAAAGGAAUCAACUUUGCACCUUGUAUUGAGGCUGCGUGGUGGUGCCAAGAAGAGAAAGAAGAAGUCUUACACCACACCAAAGAAAAACCAGCAUAAGAGGAAGAAGGUCAAACUUGCUGUCCUUAAAUAUUACAAGGUCGACGAGCAUGGAAAAAUCUCUCGCCUGAGACGUGAAUGUCCUUCUGAAGAGUGUGGUGCUGGUGUCUUCAUGGCCAGUCACUUCAAUAGACAAUACUGUGGCAAGUGCUGUCUAACAUACUGCUACAACAAGAAUGAAGAUGCAUAAUUACACAUAAAAUAAACUGAUGGAAAAUGA